UCUCGAAAGUGCUUACAUUGAAUAUAAACUGUGAUUUGAUUUUAUGAUACGUUAACAGAGUUGAUAAGAAAAAAUUGCAUAGUAGUAAAGAAAGAACAAAAUGAAAAACUGAGAUAAAGCGUAGGCGAGAUACGAAUUUAAAAUUUUCAUGGAGUCGCAAGCUGGAGAAUACAUUUCAAUGUUUGUUACAUCGAAACAUAGCGUUCCCCUGCUUCCGAGACGAUAAUUCGUGUUAAUUUUACAGUUAUUUUCCACCUUCCUUUUUUCUAGCGCCACAACCGCCGCGUUAGGAAAGACUCGACUCCUGGCGUAGACUUGGUUAAUUAAAACAAAUGAAUAAACAUUAGCUAAAGACCGUUGCUCGUGCGUAUUGCAGCACGUAUCUUUGCUCGUUCUAUCUCGGUUUCUCUCUAGUCGUUACUGUAUUAAGGAAUCGUAAGUCGUUGAUAUUGUCGACAGCGACGGCGUCGACAACGAUGUCGACGACGAAAAGGAUGCAGCGUACUAUUUUGCAUCGACCAUUAAUCGAUGAUCUCUCUAGUGUCAAAUUUACGAGGGACACGCGAGAUUGCAUUCUAAACGGUAUUUUAUCUCCUCGGAUCGAUCUUUUCUUCGACUUCCCGAAUUCUCUUCUCUUCUCUUCUCUCUUCUUUUCAAGAUCCGGCUUCUUACCAAGUUUUUCGUAUCCCUCUUACAAAGAUCUCUAGAGUUCGCUACAGGCCGUUAAUCGGUUGCAUUUAUCGCUCAGACCCCGAAGUAUCCUCCUCGUUUACCGUACGUGUCAUUACGUACGAGGCAUGCCAUAAGAAAUUCUUUGGAAUAGCGUGCGAUCGACUUCAUAUGCAAAAAAUUAGAAAUAUGGAACUUUGUCUUUCGAGUAUUAGAGAGUAUUAAUUACCUGAUAUAAUUAAUGCUCGAUCGUAGGAAGGAACAAAGCAAAAAAAAAAAGACAAAAAUACGUUUAUCAGGACGAUUGAAUAUACAAAAAAAAAAAAAAGCAAAGUUCACCGGUAUUUGACAAAGAGAGAAGAUCGCGAUCCUAUCCUCCCAGUUAAAGCCCCGAUGAAAAAAGAAAAAGCACAGACCUAGAGGAGAGAGAAACGGCUCACGGCAAUGCUGCUCUCGCAACGGUUCGUAAUUAGUGGAAAUAAUUUCGUCAUUAAUCGCGUCAUGGGCCGACGGUCGUUCGUUUUCUCUUUCCUCUCCUCUACAGCCGCCUCCUGCGGCUCGGCCAUCGUUUUCUUUUACCUCCUUCCUCGUUCCUCUUCGUCGUCCAUCGUGCCAACAUUCUUACUUCUUGCGCGGCUCGAUGCACAACGACGUAGGACUUAAAGAUAAACAAGGAAAAGCGAUACUUUGCGUUAAACGUCUCUUGUCUCUUUCUUUCAAAUUCGAGUAGGGAUCACGAUAAUGAAAUGAAUCGCAAAUUGAUUAAAUCUCGAGCGCCUGGUAUUUUGCGAUUAAAUUAAUUAUAUGUGUUGAGCAUCGAACGUCCCUCUUGUUUUUAUCGGAAAAUUUUUAGAGAACGUAGAAAGCUAAAUAUAAUUCUAAGACGGUACACUAGUGAUAAAAUCGAUCAGAAAUUAACUUAAGAGUGAUAACAUAGCACUUGUUUGAAUCGCUGUAACGAAUUUUGUAAGUUCUUCUUCCGGUGGCUUUGAAUAAAAGAUACUGGAGAGCAUAGGAUGCGUCCUGGAAGAAGGACGAGCAACAAGAUAGCAGUUAGCAGUGUAGAAGAGAACGCGUCGAGUGAGCAGGGAGAAAGGAGAGAAAAAGAGAGAGAUCAAGAGGGAGAGAGCCACGAUGGCUGCGAUGGUGAUGGUCAAUGGUUGUAUACCGGUUAAGCCGUUCAGUGCUAGCCCGGCGUUCGUCACGGCUAAACCUUAAACCACUCGACUUAUUGAAUAUCCGCGACACGAUCGUCUCUUCGGCAUUCUUAUUUUGCCUUCCGCAAAACAACAUCCAAACUAUAGCCUUAUGCUUUUUUUCUCUUUCCAAGGGAUGUUCCAAUUUUGAUCAUCUUCUUUUAAUUUGAUAUAUUGAAAACUAAAAUGAUUUUUCGUUAAAAAAAAAAAAAAGAAGAAAAAAAAAGUAAAUUUCAAAGUCGAUCGUGUAACUUCGUCGUCGUUCUUAAUUUUAUUCUUUUGAAAGAUGAGAGAGUUGAAUGUCAAAGAUCUAUAACAGCUUGCGAAAUUCUUGAAAAAGCGACAUCACAAUGGAGAUAUCACCGUACGUUAACGUUGUUGUUACUGGCAUCGUCAAAAGGACGCGCUUGGAGAUUAAAACGUCGAGCGAGCAGCCUACCAGGAUUCGAGGUGAUCGCGGAUGAAGUGAUCACGCGAAACGGACCAAUCGCGGAUCAGGACCGAUCCCAGAGGUUUAUCCAGGGAUCAGGAUGCGGUGGAUCGGUUACGUGGCCACAAUUCUCUGGUGGUCGGGCAUCGCCAGGUCCCUCAGCACGGUGAAUCGAGGUCACAGCUACAAGAUCAGUCCGAAGCCUUGCAAAGUGCCCGGUCCAGGUGACCACGAAGGUACUUGCAUGUUCGUCUGGGAGUGCAUCAAAUCGGAAGGCACGCACGUUGGUGUGUGCGUGGACACCUUCAUGUUCGGUAGCUGCUGCGUUCACAAUUCAACAGUGAACUCGAUAGCUUCGCUAGGACAUCAGUCAAAUCAGCAGGAACAAGAUCAUCGUCACAAGGAGCAAGGAAAUCCGCAACAUCACCAUCAUCAUAAUCACCAUGAGUCGAAUACUCUCAGGCCAACACUGGCGGAAGUUCUGGGAAGCGAGACGACAAAGUUUACCUUGACUUCUCUUUCGAAUUUCCCGAUCUCGAGUACUUCAAAACCAAGCGUCGUUCAUCAGCAAUUAUCUUCUCACAUUGGAUUCAUCGCUUCACCGAGACCCUUCAAAACACCUUCCAGUAACGUUGCUCGACCUUUACAAAAAAGACCACACGCGAAGCCAACGUCCGAACAUACUGAUAGAUUUCAAACUUCCGUGCUCCCAGUUGGAUCUUCACCUUAUUGGGGUAACAGCUCUCAAGGUACAAAAAGACCAAACUUCCAUGAGUCACAGUUGCCUCAACAAAAGAUCAGACCAAAUACCAACGUGGACGAUAAGGUAGACCUACAGCUCCAAGGACACGGAAACUAUCAAGGCUUUAAGGAUAAAAUAGGAAGUUCGCCUAAUACGCUCGUGAUACGCUUGCCUGGAAAGGAACAUGCGUCGAACGAUGGGCAGUCGAAGAGGCCUAACUGGCCGAACAACCAAAGACCCUCGGAGUCGAGGCCAGAUGAUGAAAAAGCGGAGGAUGCUGACCUCAACGUACAGGAAACAAUACAUCGACCGUAUGUCAAUUCUGUUAAUGAAAAUGAACCCCUGAAAAAUCAGCAUUCCAAUAUAAACCUCAUAUACACUGAACGACCACAAUGGGCCACAAAACCAGCUACCCCCAAACCAUUGACAGAUUUCUCAAAGCCGUACUUCUCGAUCAAGACGACAACAUUUCGACCGAUCUCCUUGAGUAGUCAAACCGAUGCGAGACCGACCUUCGUCCUGAAACCUAAUAUCUCGGACGUAUCUUUGAAAACGGCUACAUCGGCAAAACCUACGUAUUUCAAUAGUCAACCGACUAGGUAUUCGACUACGUGGUCGAGUAAUCAAAUCGCAGCCGGAUCCGUACCACAAACCUCUCACUGGCAAGUUACCACAGAGCCGGCGUUUGUAACAAAGCAGAGACCCUCGUCAUCGUCUUCGUCCACCUCGUUGUUGUCCUCCUCUUCGACUUCCUCUUCAUCAGCAAAGCCGAUAACCGUGUUUGAAACCACUAAACCCUUCGGCACUAGCUCUUAUUUUUGGUCGGAAAACAACUGGACGCCACCCAGACCGUCCUUGAAACCACAUUGGACCGACAAUCCUAGUUUUAUGCAAAAUGGGCCGGAAAGCUUUCCUCAUCAAUCGAGUUUAAAGCCUACUGAGUCACAAGAAAAGACCGAAUACCACAAACCCGUGGGUUCGGCGCACUACAUAACGACGUCCCACUUUGAGACCUCGACGAGAACGAGACCGAUGAAGAAGACCACAACGUCAACCACGAGUACGACAACAACGACUACUACUAGCAGCACUACUACCAGCACAAUUACAACCACUACGGAAAAGCCAUCUACAACGACUACAACGACUACAACAAGAAAGUCUACGGAAUCUAUGUUAAAAUCAACAACACCAGAGACUUUAACGAAGACAGGCACAAUGAUGACGGUAUCGGCAGUAGCUGAGAACAAAGGCACCCAAUGCGGUGUCCCUCCUCUCUUUCCACUUCCAGAAACCAGAAUAGUCGGUGGCAAGGAUGCUCCGUUCGGUCGAUGGCCUUGGCAGGUAUCGGUUAGACGUACGUCCUUCUUCGGUUUCUCGAGUACCCAUCGUUGCGGUGGUGCAGUCCUCAAUGAAAAUUGGAUCGCAACGGCGGGCCAUUGUGUCGAUGACUUGCUGACAUCUCAAAUUCGAAUACGCGUCGGGGAAUAUGAUUUCUCGUCGGUCCAGGAACGUCUACCCUAUGUCGAGCGUGGAGUUGCCAAGAAAGUCGUCCAUCCGAAAUAUAAUUUCUUUACUUACGAAUACGAUCUGGCAUUGGUUAGGCUGGAAAGUCCAUUGACCUUCGCACCACACAUAUCGCCUAUAUGCCUGCCAGCUACCGACGAUCUUCUUAUAGGAGAAAACGCGACGGUCACCGGAUGGGGAAGAUUGAGUGAAGGAGGAACCUUACCUUCUGUGCUUCAAGAGGUUUCUGUGCCGAUCGUUAGCAACGACAGGUGUAAGUCGAUGUUCCUCAGGGCGGGCAGACACGAAUUUAUACCGGAUAUCUUUCUGUGUGCCGGUUACGAGACAGGAGGACAGGAUUCUUGUCAGGGCGACUCAGGUGGUCCUCUUCAGGUACGCGGAAAGGAUGGUCGAUAUUUUCUCGCCGGUAUAAUCUCUUGGGGUAUCGGAUGUGCCG